AUGUUCCGGCUGAAGGACGGUCUCCAUACGCUGCUCCUGACGGGCGCCAGCGGCAACGCGGCCGCGCUGAUCGGCGGGGUGACGUUGCACUCGGCGACCAACAUUGGAUUCGAGGGCAAGAACGAGGUUGCAAGGAACAUAUCGGAAGAAGAAAAGCUGCGUUGGAAAAAUAUGGUCAUAUUGAUCGUCGACGAGAUCAGCCAGGUGGGCGGACUCACGCUCGCGGCGGUAGACAGCCGUCUGCGGCAUUCGACCCCGUUCUGCAGACCAGUCAUCCUCUUGCCAAUGCCUAGGGACCGCGGCGGACAGAGACCAGAGAGCGCUGCAAGGCACCUAGCUGCGCAUAAGCUGUUCCUCCAGUUCACCACCGUUGUCAUCCUCCGCGAACAGGUCCGCGCGGCCGGCUGUCCAAGGCUGCGGGGUUUCCUUCGGCGCCUGCGCAACGGUGAUCAGACCGAGCUGGACUUCCAGCGGUUACGCCACCGCCUCCAUACACCGUCGUGCGAGUCCUCCUUCGUAGAUGGCUUGAGAGCCAUCACGCCUCUGAACCAAGACCGGUGGGACCUGAACAUGGCGGCCGUCGUCCACUGCCAACCCCCGGGCCUGUUCUUCGACGCUCAAGGGAUGUCGGUGGUGGUGACUCGGAACCAGUUUGUCGGGCUAAAGGUGGUCAACGGGGCGCCUUUCAAGGGCCGUCGACAUCUUCCCCGACCUCGCCGCCGGCACCAUCGCCCCUCGCCCAGCGACGUGACUCUCCAUCUCGGGCCACCCGUGGCCGUCCUCCUUUCGAGUCGGAGGAUACCGCCGGUUCUGGCCAUUCCCGGGGCUCCCGAACGGCACAAUCUUGAUCAAGAGCAAGACCGGUCGGCCAUCCCGAGCCAUAAUGCGGGGGCAAAGAAAGGCAGAUGGAGGGGCAAGCCAGGUUUCAGGUGGGUCACCCACCGAACGGGGUCUCUUUGCACCCCGGCCUUCGCCAUGACAGAUCAGAAGAGCCAGGGCAAGCAGUUCUCCAACGUCCUCGUCAAUCUCAAAGGCGUCCACUCCAGCGGUACGGCGACGCGGCCCAGCUUCAUGAGCCUGUACGUGCAGCUGUCGAGGGCGCAGAGCGAGGACGGGCUGCAUCUGUUUCGGAAACCGGCGCGCGGUGACUUUGUCGAACCCAAGAACGUGCUUGAUAAAGACAUGAAGGAGGCCAUCCUCAAGCUGGAACGACAGGGCGAGGAAACCAGACGGCGGUUCGAGCAGGACCACAGGCACGAACCGUGGUUCCAGGAAUGGGACGCCAUGGCCGAAUCAGCGCAGGCCACUGAAGCCGCUGACGAACAAGCGGAAACGGUCCGUGCACCACCACCGCCAAGACCAACGUGCGAGAUGCUGAUUCGAGGAAGCAAAAUGCAGAUGACGCCAGAGUUCGAGAUGCUAUCGAGGGAAGUCGAAAAGGAGAAAAAGGCCAAAAUUCUACAGUGA